CGCGCGGCCGCGUCCCGUGAGUUCGGGCUGAUGGUGCGCGCACGUGGGGACCGCCGCUGCUUGGCCGACCGCCUCUCGGGCAACGCCGUCACAUCGGCCUGUUGGAGGAGGAAAAUCAGGGGGAGGAGAAGCAAGAGUAGGAGAAGGAGUUGGAUAACCAGGACGAUAAAGAGCCGGCAAGGAGAUGCCGGGUCUCGUUGCUUUUGGCUGCCGCUGGCAUAUUGGAAGCGACGACCUCUACCUCCCGGGCUUGCUCCUCUCAUCCCUCCAUCUCGUCGAGGUCAUAGUAUUGGGCGUCUUCCUGUAUAUCCUUGAGUGGGACGGAACUAUCAAGUGCGUCCUUCUGCUAUGGGAGUACAUCCUCGGCUACCUUGCCAUCUUCGUCUCGGUGAUGGCUGUUGAGUUCUCCAUGUGUUUGCUGGCAACUCGCGGUAGCAUCCUCGACAUUGCCGCACGUGCACCUAUGCAGUACCUGCUGUAUAUACGGCUUUUCUUAUUAUUCGUGGAAGCGGUAUGGCUAAGUGCUGGAGUUACAUGGUUAACAAGAUUUUAUCAAACGUGCCCUGUAGAUCAGGCGAAGGAUGUUAUGUUAAGUUUGGUAAUAUCUAACUGGUGCGUAUUGGCAUCAAUAACGGUGACAGUUUGGUGUGUUUACGAUGCAGCGGGCAGGUCCUGGGUGAAGAUGAAGAAGUACCAACGCAGCAUGCGCGAGGCCGAGUCUCGGGGUGGCCGAAUGCACUAUAAGCGAAGUGGGAGCAGAAAUCGAAACUGGCGGCAACGAAAAGUAAUACGAGCCUAUCAAGAUAGUUGGGACAAUAGAUGCAGAAUUCUUUUCUGCUGCAUUGGCAAGUCUGAUAGAAAUAGAAAUUCCUUUGCCGACAUAGCGCGGCUGCUGAGCGACUUUUUUCGUGACCUGGACGUAGUACCGUCGGACGUCGUCGCGGGCCUCGUUCUGCUGCGCAAGUUCCAAAAGAUCGAACGCGAGCUCAUCGUCAAGCAGCGUAAGAACGACACUUACGAAUUUCUCUCCGGGGUGCCGGUGACACCACGCACCAAGUUCCUAUCCCUGACCGAGGACGGCGAUCUUGGCCACUUCCAGUCCGCCAUACACUACAUGCACUUUGCUUUAGCGGCUUAUGGCUGGCCGCUGUUCCUCGUCCAUCACUCAACGGGGCUCUGCGACCUGUGUACCAGGUUAAGGUGCUGCUGCUUCCCGUGCACACAUUAUAAAGACGAUGCUAUCAUUGUCGAGGAUAAUUGCUGCCAAUGCAAUUAUGCAGCACUGCGACGUAUGGUAGAGGUCGGCGAGGUCGAGGUGGUUUAUGCGACAUUCCACGUCGACGUCGGUGAGACCCCAUUCUUCGUAGCCCUCGACUACACGAAGAGAAAGGUGGUUGUGAGUAUACGCGGCACACUCAGUAUGAAGGAUGUGAUGACAGAUUUGAAUGCGGAGGGUGAGGUACUGCCACUUUCACCACCUCGGGAUGACUGGCUCGGUCACAAGGGAAUGGUGCAGGCAGCCGAAUAUAUCAGGAAGAAGCUCUACGAGGAGGGAAUAAUUGCCAAGGCUUUAGAGAAGGACGUGUCGCGUGGGACAAACGAGUUUGGUUUGACGCUGGUCGGUCAUUCCUUGGGCGCCGGAACCGCGGCCAUCCUAGCGAUCCUCCUCAGACAAGAGUAUCCGGAUCUCACUUGCUUCGCUUAUGCGCCACCGGGUGGAUUGCUGAGCAUGCCCGCGCAAGAAUACACCCAGGAGUUCAUUACAUCGGUGGUAAUCGGCAAGGACGUCGUGCCGAGAAUAGGACUCAGACAAAUGGAGAGCCUCAGGGCCGAUCUCAUCAACGCUAUCAAGAGGAGCGUCGAUCCUAAGUGGAAGACGAUAGCCUGCUCGGUGAUGUGCUGCGGAUGUGGCUCGACACCGACCUCGGCGGCCAACCUCGAGGCCGGCGGUUGUAUAAGCGAGUACCAGCGAGACAAGGACCUGGCUCGCUCCGAGGCCGUCGUCCCCUCGGACUCGAGCAUCGCUCUCACCCUCCACAGGCCGCUCUACCCACCCGGGCGCAUCAUACACGUCGUCCGUCACCAUCCCAACAAGGGCGAGCAAAAGUACGAAACACAAUGGAGGCAAAUGCUAAGGAAAAGGGAGCCGGUGUACCAGGCGCUGUGGGCCGGUCCCUGCGACUUCGACGAGGUCCUUAUCAGCCCGGUCAUGAUUCAGGACCACAUGCCGGAUAAUAUGCUCAAGGCCUUGAACAAGGUCGUAACAACACUAGGCCCAGCGAAACCGCAACGGCACGUCUCGGGUCGCGCCUCCUCGGCCUCGGAUUGCCGUGUAGGCACGACCAUCCUCCACAACUGCGCCGAACUCGAGCUCGAGCAGGAGAUGCACUCGCUCCUCGCCUCCUCGAGCCCUGUGCCCAGCCGGCCUAGGAUAAUGCAGACCCUGGCGAUACCGCGUGUACACGCGGCCAGCGACGAUCUCAUCCCCACCCGACGGCGCCUCUGCCUCGAGACGAGCUUCACCAGCCUCCAGAGCCCACUCACGGACAAUUAUCCCCAGAUCGGACGGGAGCUGAGCGUCGACUCGCACGGCCUGCCCUGGGAGUACGUCAGCUUGGCCAGCGAGAUCCUCGCCUCACCCCUACAACCCUCCGACAUACUCAAAUCGUCCUGCCCAGGUCCAAGCUGGGGUAGCUUUGGCCAGUUGGCACCGCUGGCCACCCCGGAGAGCCUGUCCGAGGCCUCGAAUAGCAAUCCAUCGUCUCCGUUGCCGACCUGUCACCGGCCGAUGAUGCGACGCACUCUCAAGAUAACCGGCAACCUCUCCAAGGCCGCUGACGACCUCAAGAAUAACUUGCACUUCGCCAUGCUCGCCACGAAGAACUACUAUUUAGGCUCCGAGCGACGAUCGACGGCUGCUAGCAUCGCCAGUAGUGGCAGCAAUAGCAACAAUAGCAACAAUAGCAACAGCGCCGUUAACAGUGAGGUCAGCUACGGAUGUGCCAAAAGCCUUGCCCAAGGACUACCUCCACCUGUGCCCAAGAGAAAGGACUCGGUUUUGGUUGGCAGAGAACACCGGGUGUGCAUGGCCGCCUGCUGCAGGGACGAUGUAUCGGAUAAUUCGUCGCCCUUCGCAUCCUCUCAGUCAUUCAGAAUAUGUCAUCGCGUGAAAAUCGAUUUCCCCGAAGAGGAUAAUGAUACGAACGGCUCGAGCCUUGACUUCAGUCUUAACAAGGCACCGAGGGAGCUCACCAAAGCCGGUUGCCGCCCCAGCAGCAGUAGCGACGUCUUCCUAAGUGUACGCAGCUCCCCGGAAUGCAAGAGCCUGAUGGCACCGGCGACGGACCUCGGGGCCGAGUGGAAGCGGAACAAGCUCGAGUUGGCCCGCAGCGACGUCUCCCUGCCGCUCCUACGUGGACUCUCGCCCACGCAGCAACACCUCGGCCAGCAACACCACCCCAACCAGCCCUUCUUCAACGCCAAGCGCAAGAAGUACGUUUACCCGAUCACGAUGCUCGGCCGCGGGGAGAGCAGCGUCUGAGGCCCCGGGCCC